GCUGAAGAAGACCAUGUCUCGAUAUCGCCAUCUGGAGCACCUGUCCAUCUGCACCAGCAGACCGUGUCAAUGGGCGGCCAUGUGGCUUCGCCAUCAGGCAGCAAAGUGUCCAGUAUCCGAUCUUCUCCCCCUCCACAACAGGUCCCGAGAAUGCAUCACACAUAUGACCACUCGUGACUCUGGACAUCCAUUAAGAAUCGGUCUUACCAGAAAUACCAUAGGGCGAUAAACAGGAGUAUUAAAAUUUUUAUUAUCUACUGUAUCGAACAUUUUAAAUUUUCAUGAAAUAAUGUUCAUUGUCAUAUGCUUAUGCUUGAUGAUAUCUCUGCC